UGUUUGUACCUACAUACAUGUGCCUGCAUAUAGCAGAGUACAACGAGACAAUGUAUGUAUGAGACUAUGUAACAGAUCUAUCGGGAUCUUUAUUGAGAAUUUUUGAGAACAUUAUUAAGUUUAAUUCCUUAAUCUUGUGUUUAAUUUUUGUAGAUGAAUUAAUAAAUCGUUUAAAUUCUUUUAAUUUACUGCAUUGUUUCUGGUUCAUUAAUUGGGACGAUCGUUAAAAUAUAUCGUGUCCUUCGACCAAAUGGAUGCAGAUGAUGCCAAAUAUGUUUGUGGAUUAACUCCACAGAGUUUAGAAAAGGCCAAAAAGGAAUUGAAUGAAGAUCCGAAACAGAGGAUAGGAGCCGUACAGACAUUGAGGAAGUGGAUCAAACAGCAGCCUCACCUCACGUGCAGAACUGACACGCAAUUCCUAUUGACAAUUCUUCGUCGGUCAAAGUUCAGUCAGCUGGUAGCCAGGGAACUCAUUGAAAACAUGCUGACCAUGAAGACAAAGUACCCGAACUUGAUGUCAAACCUGGACUUGAAGGAGCCUGCCUUCAGAACCAUGCUUGAUGCAGGUGUGAUCGUCUACUGUCCAAAGAAAGACCACGAAGGCAGAUCGCUUGUCAUCAUCCGACCAGGCAAAGUCCCUGACAUGGAUGAUCCAAAUUUCGGGCACCACGUGGAGGUGAGGAUGGGGCUCGCCAUCGGGGAGUUGAGGAGGCACCUGGAUGAGAAUAUCACCGUCAAUGGAAUCAUGCUGAUGUUCGAUUUUACUGGAGCAACUAUGAAACAGAUGACGAAACGAAAUUCUGAAGAACGUAAGAUACAUUCAAAAAUUUGGCAGGAUUGCACUCCGGAAAGAGUAAAGGCCUUCAUCUUCUAUAACCCCGGUCCUAUUUUGGAGUUCUUUCUAACGACUGUUAAGCAGUUCAUGAAGAAAAAGAAUCAAGAGAGGAUACAAAUACACGAAACCAUGGAGAGCUUAUACAAGGUGAUACCGAUGGAGUUCUGGCCGACAGAGUACCUUCCAGAUGACUACAACGGACCGUCUGCCGGAUCCGUCAGCGAGAUAACAGCUUAUUGGAAAAAAGUGAUCAGUGAGGAAUCGAAUCGAAAGUACGUGCUGGAAGCCAGUCAUGAAAAGUACAAAAUCGACGAGAAGAAGAUGCCAAAGAAACAGGAUGCCAUACCGCAGGAGUCCUUCAGGAAGCUAGCUAUCGAUUGAAUGAAUGAAUGCAUGAAUGAAUGAAUGACUGAAUGAAUGAAUGAAUGAAAAAGACGAUUGAGUGAAUGAAUGAAUAAAGAAAAAAUGACGGAAGAAGGAACGAGCGAAUAGAUGAAUGGAUAAACGAACGAACAAAUGGGCGAGUGAAUGAACGAAUGUAUGAACGGAUGAAUGAAAAAUGAAUUCAUGGAUGGAUGAAAAGAAUGCAUAGUUUAAUGCCCGAUACGUUAAGAUAAAACUCACAUUCGUUGAACAUCUUUUAUUAUUACGAAUUUAUAACCACUU